AUGGAGAAAUCGAAAAACUUUCGAAUCGACGCUCUUCUCGCCGAUGAGACCAAUCGGUGUGGUCGAGACCUCUCACCCGGUCUGAGCAGUGACAGCCCGGCCGGCAGUCCGGUCUCAUGCCGCCGUGGGGACACUCCGUCCCCGCGAGGAGCGCACCUUCAGACCGGAAUAAUCCCCAAGCAGAGUGUCCUCAAUCUGCCCCAUCCGGGGCUUGCAUCGCUGCCUCAGGGAGCGAUUCCCGGCAUGUAUCCUGCACCCAUGUACCCACUGUCGGCGUUGGGUGGACAACACCCUGCGUUCGCCUACACUGGCUUCACGCACCUAUCGCAGACCUACCCAGAGCACCUGAAGGUGGCUACCAUGGCUGGAUCUCUGCCCCUGGAGCACUGGAUCCGCGCUGGGCUCAUGGUGCCACGACUGCCGGAUUACAGCUCGGGUGCUCAGUCAGGCCUGUUGGGGAAAUGCAGGAGGCCCCGCACCGCCUUCACCAGCCAGCAACUCCUGGAGCUGGAGAACCAGUUCAAGCUUAACAAAUACCUGUCCAGGCCCAAGCGCUUCGAGGUGGCCACUUCACUCAUGCUGACCGAAACACAGGUGAAGAUCUGGUUCCAAAAUCGGAGGAUGAAGUGGAAGCGCAGUCGGAAGGCAAAGGAGCAGGCCACUGCCUCCACCCAGUCUGAGGCAGAGAGACUACGCAGCUCGGGAAAGACAGGCUCCGACAAAUCCAGUGAGAGCAGACGAGCUUUGAACCCGGACGACCGAAGGAUAGCUCUCGAAUUGGAGGAUGGAGAAGAGGAAGAAGAUGGAGAGGAUGAGGAGGAAGAAGUAGCGGAGGCACCCCAGCGUGGCUUUCCUCUUUCUGCGGGUAACCUAGUUGGGAUCCAGCAAACCACGGACUUCUUGCAGCGUAACAAUGAAGCUGGCUACAGCUCCCACAGCCCUUUCUCUGAUGAUGAGCUGGAUGGGGUGGAAGUGGGUGGGGGUGACAGGAAAAUUGGGGCAGGACUGUGA